CUUCUCUGCUUGCGACUGCUGGAUGUGAUUCUCCACCACCUGCUAGCUAGGUAGAGGACUCCACCACCUCUUCCUUCCUUGCUUCUCCCCUGCUUGCUUCCUUUUCUCUACAAACACAAAUCCUCACCAAGGAAAAGUGCAAAUUCUAAAGGAAAGAUCUGAAUUCGAAGCAGCAGAAAAGCUGGAGGAGUUAAGAGAGAGUGAGAGGAAAUAUAUCUCACCACUAACUGGCUUCCAUGGUGUUCCCUCCGUCACCUGCAUACCUAGAUCCGCCUAAUUGGAAUAACCAGCAGCAAGGUCAGCAGCCGAGGGCGACGGGCGGUGGCGGAGGAGGCGAUGCACAGCAACAGCAUAUGCCCGUGGGCCCGACAACGGCUACGGCAGCGCAGCCCGAAGCCGGCGGCCUGCCGAGCAGCUCGGUGGCCAAUGAAGUCGCGGGCGAGCAGCAGGCGCGGCCGAACUCGAUGACGGAGCGCGCUAGGAUGGCACGGGUGCCGCAGCCGGAGCCGGCGCUGAAGUGCCCGCGUUGCGACUCCACCAACACCAAGUUCUGCUACUACAACAACUACUCCCUCUCGCAGCCCCGCCACUUCUGCAAGGCGUGCCGCCGCUACUGGACGCGCGGCGGCGCCCUCCGGACCGUCCCGGUGGGCGGUGGGUGCCGCCGCAACAAGCGCUCGUCCAAGUCAUCCGCCGCGUCCUCCUCCAAGCCAUCUUCUUCAUCAGCCAGGCAGCUAGCCGGUGGCGCGUCAUCGAUGCCAUCAACCGCGGCAUCAACAAACCCGGGACCCACCGGAGCAAUGAUCCCGUCGGGGCUCAGCUCCAUGUCGCACCACCUGCCGUUCUUGGGUACGAUGCACCCGCCGGGGCCCAACCUAGGGCUAGCCUUUUCCGUCGGGCUCCCGCCGCUCGGCAUGCAGCAGCGGCAGCACAUGGACGGGAGCGUGGAUCAGUUCCCGCUGGCAAGCGGCGGCGGCGCCACCUUUAGCGCGUCACUGGAGCAGUGGAGAGUGCACCACCACCAGCAGCAGCAGUUCCCUUUCUUGGAACUUCCACCGGCGCCGCCGAUGUACCAACUGGGGUUGCAAGCUAAUCGAGCGGGGCCUAGCGCAGCGGCACCGUUGCCGGCGAUGUUCACGUUAGGGCAGACCAGUGCAACCGAAGAAGCAUCAAUGAAGGAGGCGGACAGCAAAGGGCAAGAGAUGAGCCUGCAGAGGCAGUACAUGGAGGCGCUUCGCCAAGGGGAGGGCGUCUGGGGUGGCAGCGCCAGCGACAACACCGGCAAUGGCAGUGGCAGCUGGACCACGAACAUCCCCGGAUUUCAUUCCUCGUCGGGUGGCGGUGACGGUGGCGGCCUGUUGUAGCACACCGCAAUUUCUUGAUCAAUACAAGAUGCAGAUGCAUGGUUUGAUCAGGAGAUGAAAUGAGGAGGUAAUUAAAUUAAAGAAGGUGUUCAAGUUUUAAUUCUUCACCAGGUACUACUGUAGAAGCGCUGCUAGCUCAUGAUGGUCCAAGGUAGGGAAUUCAAGUUAAAGUUGCUCCUUUGGUUAACACUUUUGCACCAUUUGAUUUGCCUGUGUAGUACGUGUCCGCUGGGUCACCUUUCAAAACUUUUCACACCAUUGUUUACGAGUAGGGAUCGAUCGAUACAUGAUGCAUGGGGGGUAUAUAUAUGGUCACAUAUAUUUUAAUUUACUUGAAGAUUCAGGAGUGGUCAGAUUGUUUAU